AUGAAUCAGUCGACUCUGACAGAAUUCCUUCUCAUGGGAUUUUCCAAUGACCAUGAUGUGCAAAUUAUGCAUUUUGUGAUGUUUUUCUUCAUUUACUUAAUAGCCAUCAUGGGGAAUGUCCUCCUGGUUAUCACUGUGGCUCUGAACUGCUCCCUUCACACUCCAAUGUAUUUCUUUUUAGUCAACCUGUCACUUUCAGACAUUUGCUUCAUCUCAACCACCAUCCCCAAAUCCAUGGCCACCUCCUUGACAGAUAACAAAGUGAUCACCUUUGCUGAAUGUGUUGCCCAAGUCUUCUCAAUUUUCACCUUUGCAGGUUCUGACCUCGCCUUGCUCACCAUCAUGGCUUAUGACCGUUUUGUGGCCAUUUGCCAUCCUCUGCAGUAUAGCCUUAUCCUGAACUGGGAUGCUUGUCUGCAAAUGGUGGCUGCUUCCUGGCUCACCUGUCUGAUCCACGCAUUGCUAGAAACUGUAAUUGUAUUUCGGUGGGAAUACUGUAGGUCACAUAGCAUUGAGCAAUUUUUCUGUGAUGUCCCUCAGUUACAGAAGAUUUCUUGCACUGAUACAAGACCUAGCCAAAUACUGAUUUUUGUGAUUGUAAUUGUAGUUAGCUCAAUUUGUUGUGGCAUCAUUUUCAUUUCUUAUGGCUACAUCUUCUCAGCUGUGCUGAAGAUCCGAUCCAUUCAAGGCAGAUACAAAGCCUUCUCAACCUGCACCCCCCACCUGAUUGUCUUUUCUUUAUUUCUCAGCACUGCAAUAUUUUCUUACAUGAGACCAAAAAGUCCUUCCUCACAUAUUGUAGAUUUGCUUUCUGCUGUUUUCUAUACACUUUUGCCACCACUACUGAAUCCCAUCAUUUAUAGCUUCAGGAACAAGGUUAUUCAGGAAGCCAUGUGGAAAAUAGGAACAAAGGUGGUUUAUUUCCUUUCUCUAAAAAUACAAUGA